UUCGUGAUAUGUUGUUUAACAAGUUCAAUCGAACAUUUUUGAUCAUCACUUCUGCUAGAAUCCACCCAAAUGUCGCACAACGACGUGAGGCGGCAAGCAGACGAUGCGUCAAAUAAGGAUGAUGAGCUUCAGCUGGAGUUGGAACCCAUUCCGAUGUGGCUGCGGAUCGCAAUGGCAAUCGUCUGCACAUUAAACAUGGCUGCCAUUGCAUACAUCGCUGUUCUGAUCGGAAUACAGAAAGGCUGGAAAUAUUCAAUCCACUGCUUCUUUCUCUGUCUUUUUGCUUUUUUAUUCCUAAUACAAUUAAUAAGAGCACAGUCAAAAUUCCACGCAAAAGCAGCCAGCUCCUCGAGCUAUUUUAUGUUCUUUAUCACUUUAAGCACAAGCUUCACUUUGCUUAUAAGACAGGCCUACUAUCAUCCGUCGUCUGGUUACUUUGGACCUGAAUGGGUAUUGUUCUCUCUUCAAGCAGGCAUCAUCCCUGGACUCGUUGGCAUGGUUGUGAUGUUUGAAUUCAGUCUUCAAGAAAUCUAUAAAAGCCGGUUUAUCAUCAUGGUCGCGGUUCUCGACUUUGCGGAUAUUUGGGACAUGGCAUCUAUGCUCUCACCAGUAAGGGCACCUUACAUUGAAGAACAAAGCCCCAUUGAAAUUGCAAUCCAGUACUUUUGCAGCACUACAUUCCUCUCUCUUUCGGCUUUUCUCAACAAAGUCAUCAUUGAAGAAUAUUUGAAAAUAUUUAUGGGUCAAAGCGAUGUUUCGCAGGAAGGCCAAAGCGAACUCCACCGCGCAAAGGACAAAUGUUGCACAGCAUAUGUGAAGAUGAAUUCUCGAAUAUAUCAGGAUAUACCAUUCCUGAUCAUUCGUAUAUUUGUCCUGUUGGAAUAUGGUUUUGUAGAUGUCGAUUUUUUGUUUAAGAAUGCAAUUUCUGCCAUCAUCGUUCUCUUUGAUUGCUGUAAAGGUUGCUGCUUUUGCUGUUGCUUAUGUUGUGCAAUGUCUGCGUCGGGAACAAAUACAGCCGAUCAGUAGUAAAUUUCCUUAAUUGUUUUCUAGCCAUACACAUGUAGAAUAGUUUUUAUAUAAAACGUCAAUGCACUAAAUUGACAUUGUACUUAUCUCUUGUAUUACGCAUAUAAAUAUAAUAUAUAUAUUAUUUUACAAUUUAGUAAAUAGUACUCUAUCCUCGAAACAUUUUGUAAGAAAUUGUACUAGAUUGAGCUAAUUAAACGAUAGAAGACAAAGGCUUUCCCACUAAUUUGUCAAAUUUAGUUUGCAAACUAUAUAUUAGAUAUAAUGAGAGCACUUUAUUUUCGUUUUGUACUGAUUUAGCGCGUUCCCUCUAGCUUUGAUUCAUAGUUCCAUCAUCGGUUGGUUAAACAAACAUUGUAUCUUUCCACUCUAGAUUUUAUGAUAAUAAUAAUUGAUAAUAAAAAAUGAACUUAUUUAAUAUUGACCCGCCUAGCUUUUGCUGAGGUUAAUGAUUCGAUUUCUUCAUAAUGAAGAAGUCUCAGAGAAAUAACAUGAAACUAUGUUUAUAAGAAUUAAUKGUAUAAUGCCAUCAGUCGAGCGCAACGUUGCUUCAAUUUCUGGGAACAGACGGAACUUUGAGAAGUCUAAGUCCAUCAAACGAUUGUGAUAUGAAUGAUCAGACAUGAAUUUCUGUAGGUGCCUCGCGAUUUGGAUUCGUGGUUCUAUCUGAAUUACAUUUUGUGCGUAGGAAAGCUYCCCAAAGAUAGAUAAGGAAAGAUGAUUCUGGAACUUUGAGAUAAAACUCUGCAUGAUUUACUCAAUCGAGCGAAACGUAGCAUUUCCAUAAAAACAUAAACAAUUGUGCUAUUUUGAGAUCAGAUAUGAAUUGCCGUAGGUGCUUCGCGAUUAGGAUUGCUGGAAGUAUCAUUUGCUUUCUUAACUUUAUUUAUUGCGUAACCUUAUCGGUGAUUGUAGUGGUGGCAAACAAUGAUGUUGGCGCUGCGUUCGCUAUUCUUUCCGGUCUUUGGAAUUUUGUUUGUGCGCUGGCGAGUCUUUGUGGAAGCGAUAAAGGAUGUUUGUUGUCCUGCUCGAGUGUCAUGGUUUUGCUGGCUUCCACUUUCACUCUCGUCACACGGUAUCACUACUACGAGGUUAUGCCGAAAUAUUCUGGGCUAUUGGCUGAAGUAUUCUCAGGCUUCAUACUUCACAAAGCUGGCCUCGUUUUGUUAGUGUCUGGAAUUCCAGUAAUGUACGGAUGUCUAUGCCAAUCAAUGAUGACAGAUAAAAAGAUGGUUUACAGGGUAAUCGUCGACUUUAUUGAUAUCUACGAGAUGUCAGAGCUGCUUACCAUGGGCGCCAAAAGUUGUACUCUUGCAGGCCCCACACAUGCACCAUUUCCUUACAUUAAUCAUACCAGGAAUGUCUUCAACUGCACCGAAUCGACGUUCUCUUUAUUGACGAAAGAAAGCAACAUGGAAGUGAUCAUUCAAGUUUUGUGCUCAUUUUCCUUCUUGAUUUUYUUUCUUAUUUAUCGCGAAGCGUUGGGAAGAGUCUCGUCAAGGGUACACGAUAACGCUGCUUUUAAAAGAUACGUAAAUAUCACAAGACUCAUCCAAGACAUCCCGUUCUUCAUUAUCCGUGCUGUGGUCUUGAUUUUGUACAAGCUUGAGAACCAGACCAUAUUUUUGGUGAAAAACUUUGCGUCGAUUGGCCUUGUCUCUCUCGCGCUCGCAGGUUUUAAAGAUAGCACUGAAAACAAUGGGCAAUCAUCCAAUAGAAGACAGCCAAGUGGACAGACAAAUCGUGGAUAUGGCAACAAUCCAUAGCACCAUCCAGAAACUGACAUCCAGAGUCUGAAACUGACAUCCAUAAGUCCCUUGGAUAGAUAAUACACUGACAAGUCAUUCACGAUAGCCACCAUGAACAACUUUGAAAUUAUAGUCCAAUUACGCCUUGUAGCCGUCUAGAGAACAAGUUGUUGUCUUUUUCUCCUGGGACACAAUAUUGAAUUUCACCACAAUCUCAGAUUUCAAGUAUGUGUGUUUUUUUUUUAAAUUUUUAUCGACAACAACGCAUGACCCAUCGCCAGUGCACUUGCAUGAGAUAAAAACACCUUGCACAUAAAUUAAAMUAGAAAGCAUUAUAUUCUGAGAUUCCCAAAGUAUCAACAUGAUAUUUUCUCGCCGUAUAUCUAUCUUCGUUGACUAGCUUGUUUUUACUCAACAAAUUUGGAAGGAUACUUAAAUGUAACCUUUUCACAAUGAUUAAAUGCAUAAUAUUCCAUAUAUAUUGUUUCUAUACUUUCAUCAAUAAUAUCACUUUCUGGGUGUUGGAGUUCUAGAAGUUCGUCAUAAAACUCGAGAGUGCAUGUUCUAUCGGGCAUAUACAAUGGCAACAUAUGAAAUGUGAAAUAAAGUAUAUGUUCUCUUUAUGAA